GGUGUGACCUUUGAGGAUGUCGUCGUGUACUUCUCCCAGGAGGAGUGGAAGCUCCUUGAUGAGGCUCAGAAACGCUUGUACCAUGACGUGAUGCUGGAGAACUUUGCACUUAUAUCCUCACUGGGCUGCUGCUGCGGAGCAGAGGAUGCGGACUCACCCCUUGAUCAGAGCAUUUCUGUAGGUGUGUCACAGGCCAGCGCGCCCAAAGCAGCUCUGUCUUCCCGGAAGAGCCACCCCUGUGAGAUGUGUGGUCCUGUCUUGAGAGACAUUUUCCGCUUGGCUGAGCACCAGGGAAAACCAAGCAGCCAGAAACUAUUCAAGUAUGGGGCAUGUGUGAAACAGAUUUAUUCCAGUGCAGACCUUCAAGAGCAUGAGAAGCAGCACAUGAGAGAAAAACCCUGCAGAAGCAGUGUGGACGGGGCCCCAUUUGUGAAGAGCAGUAAUCUCCAUGAUUCAGAAAAGCCCUUUACCUGUAAAGAGGUUGAGAAGGACUUCCUGGUCACCUCAGAACAUCUCCAACAACAGGCCACUCAUACUGGGGAGAAGAAGAUCACCAAGUGUGGGGUGACUUUUCAAAGCAAAGAAAGUCAUUACAUCCGGGAAGAGCGCAAUAAAAAUAAAGCCUUUGGUCCCAAACACACACUUGUUCAAGACAAGGGUAUCCACACUGGAAGACAGUGUUUUGUGUGCCCUGAAUGUGGGAAAACAUUCAGGUACAAAUCUUCCCUUGCUAUUCACCAGAGAGUUCACAAUGGUGACAAGCUUCAUGUGUGUAGUGACUGUGGUAAGUCCUUUAUGGGAAGCUCAACCCUCAGUCAACAUCGAAGAAUUCAUACUGGGCCAAGGCAGUACAAGUGCAGCAAAUGUGGGAAAUCCUUUAGCCAAAAAUUUCUCCUCCCUUAUCCUCAGAGAAGUAACCCUGGAGAAAAUUGUUAUGUGUGUCGUGGCUGUGCUCAUUCUGUUAGCCAGAGUGCCAUCAUUAUUCGACAACGUACAAUUCACACUGGAGAAAUGAGUUAUGAGUGCACUGAAUGUGAGAAAUCAUUUAGACGAAAGUCUGAUCUCAUUGAACACUGGAGAGUACACACCGGAGAAAGGCCUUAUGAAUGUAGUGAAUGUGGGAAAUCUUUUACUUCUAGCUCUGCCCUCCGUUAUCAUCAGAGAAUUCAUACUGGAGAAAAACCUUAUAAAUGUAGUGAAUGUGGAAAGUCUUUUACCUCUAGCUCUGGCCUCCGUUAUCAUCAGAGAAUUCACACAGGAGAAAGACCAUACGAGUGUAAUGAUUGUGGGAAGUCUUUUACCCAAAUAAAUCACCUCAUUAUACACCGAAGAGUUCACACAGGAGAAAGGCCUUAUGAAUGCAGUGAAUGUGGGAAAUCAUUUAGCCACAAAUCUUACCUCUCUCAGCACCAGAGAGUUCACACCGGAGAAAGGCCUUAUGAAUGUAGUGAAUGCGGAAAAUCUUUUACCUCUGGCUCUGCCCUCUGUUAUCAUCAGAGAGUUCACACUGGAGAAAAACCUUAUGAGUGUAGUGAAUGUGGGAAAUCUUUUACCAAUGGACCGAUACUUAUUCGACACCGUAGAGUUCACACAGGAGAAAGGCCUUAUGAGUGCAGUGAAUGUGGGAAAUCCUUUACCCAAAGAAAUCACCUCAAUAUACACCAGAGAGUUCACACAGGAGAAAGGCCUUAUGAAUGCAAGGAAUGUGGAAAAUCCUUUACCUCUGGCUCUGCCCUCCGUUAUCAUCAAAAAGUUCACAUUGGAGAAAGGCCUUAUGAGUGCAAAGAAUGUGAGAAGUCUUUUACUUCUGCCUCUGCCCUCCGUUGUCAUCAGAGAGUUCACACAGGAGAAAGGCCUUUUGACUGCAGUGAAUGUGGGAAAUCUUUUAGAGAUAGUUCCCAGUUGAAUCAACACCAGAGAGUUCACACUGGAGAAAAGCCUUAUGAAUGUAGUGAUUGUGGGAGAUCCUUCAGUCAGAACUCGUAUCUCUCUAAACAUCGGCGAGUUCACACUGGAGAAAGGCCUUAUGAGUGCAGUGAAUGCGGGAAAUCUUUUACUUCCGUUUCUGCCCUUGGUUAUCAUCAGAGAGUUCACACUGGAGAAAGGCCUUAUGAGUGUAGUGAAUGUGGGAAAUCUUUUACCAAUAGUUCCAUACUGAUUCGACAUCGCAGGGUUCACACAGGAGAAAGGCCUCAUGAAUGCAGUGAAUGUGGAAAAUCCUUUACCCAAAGAAUUCACCUCAUUAUUCACCGGAGAGUUCACACAGGAGAAAGGCCUUUUGAGUGCAGUGAAUGUGGAAAAUCUUUUACCUCUCGUUCUACCCUCCAUUAUCAUCAGAGAGUUCACACAGGAGAGAGGCCUUAUGACUGCAGUGAAUGUGGGAAAUCUUUUAGCCGAAAAUCGAACCUUUCUCAGCACCGGAGGGUUCACACCGGAGAAAGGCCUUAGAUGGUUAGGAAGCAUACAGUUUUCUUGUUAAGUGUAAUGAUAUCAGAGGCAACUCUUUGUGAGACACCAUUGGCCUGAAUUCAAUCUACUACAUCCAAAUGCCACUAGAAGAGAGAUUUCCCAUAAGUUUCAGCUAUGUGGGAAUCAUGUGUGGCUGUGUUGCAGUUUCUAAACUGCUGAGGGCUUUCUCCAGGUUUAUUUCACUGCCAGUCUGGCCAAAGCUAAUUACUCCUACCCUGGCAAGUCUCUACAGCAUGCUUCAAUCAUCACCCCACUGUGCUCAGGGAAGCUGACUUUUGUUCUUAUUGUUGGAGGAAAUGAGGAGUAACCUGAGUCUUUGGGGGACCCACAUUUCCUUCUUUCUGACUAAUUGGCAUAGGCCUGGCCAGUGUUGUCCUAGAGAACAUCAUACGAGUUCUGCUGGCAGGUUUCAGAGAAGGACCAGCAUUUUCAGGGAUGUGGUCUCCAGAGACAUUUGUGAUGCAUUUUUCCAGCUUUCAAGUUACUCAAGAACUGCUAGCCCCUGUUGCUUUGGCUCGUACACUAACGAAGUCUUUGUUUAAGUCCUUUUCAAUCUUGCGUGUCUUUUAUUUGCCACAUCCGGUGGUUUAUAAACAUUUUGUGAUAUACAAGCAUGAAGGGGUGAAUAGCUUUCAUUGGGGGAGGGUCUCAAAUUUCUGUGCCUCAGGGGGACAGUAUGGUGGCAGAAAUGAGUUUGCCAAGUUUGCACUGUCCGUGGCCUCCUAGGAAAGACUGCAUAGUCUUCUGGUCCUCAUUUGAAGCUAGAUGCUAUGGGUUUUGGGAAACUCAGAGACCAUCCUGAGGAGGGGCAGGUGUGAGAACCUCAGGUGCGUCUGGGAACAACAUGAAUUUUUUCCCCUUGUUUACAGGGGAUAGCACAGGGAAUGUCAGUCCACACUGCUGAGGGCCACCUCUUCCCCAGUCCUGCAAAGAGCCAUGUGCCCUGAUGCCCACAUGUAGGACAUUGGUUGUAAGUCUGUAAGGUUCAGGGGAGACCAGAACUGCUUCAGAAACACUGACUUAACGGAGUGGAGGAGGCCACAGCCAACUAGAUGGAAUGUGCCUCUUCUGAAAGUGUGCGCAUGAACACUUCUGCAGCGGCUGUGCUGAGCCAGGGUGUGCACAAGCCCGCAGACCUCCAGGUGGAUGGGUCUGGUGUAGCUUACGUCAUUGCCUUUGAAAAUAAAAGUUUUUGUGGAUUCCUGUAGCCUCUUCCUAAUGCUCAUCUCAAGACCACUGCCGCACAGGCAGGAAAACAGAUGGAGCAAAGGGGGAAUCUGUAGUCCGGGCGGGGACGCCACUUUUGUGACCCAGCCAGCAGUCCUCUUAACUCUCUUGGCGAGUCCUUCAUUGGUCACUAUAUUUGCGUUCACGGCAAAACUAGCCUCCGCGCGGUGAGAAUGUGUGUUGAAUGUAGGGUUGCAAAACCUAUUUUCCAAAAAGAGUUGGACAGAUCUUUUUAAUCUUGAAUCAUUUCAGAAAGGUUUAUUAAGAUAUAAUUUACAUGUAAUAAACUGUACAUAUUGGAAAUGUAAUCUUUAGUAAGUUUUGACAUACUUACAAACCUCAGAAAACAUCGUGGUCUUGAUAGUGAUCAUAUCAGUCAUUGUAUAUUUACCUCAUCUCCUUUAAUAUUUAAUCUCUCUACUUGCCUUCAAAGCCCUCCAAGUAAUUUACUUUCCAUUUAAAAAAAAAAAAAACCUCUAUCUUCCAUAAUUUAUAUAGUGGGAAUCAAAGGGUUUUUUUUCCUACUUUUUAAAAAGUUUUUAAAAUUUUAUUUAUUUUGAGAGAGAGAGUGUGGGUGGUGGGGAGAGAGUAGGGAGGGAGAGUGAAACUCAAGUAGAAACUCAAGCAGCGCAGAGCCAGGCAUGGGGCUUGAACUCAUGAACCCUGAGGUCAUGACCUGAGCCAAAAUCAAGUCGAUGCUUAACCAGCUGAGCCACCCAGGUGCCUCUUCCCCCCCCCCCCCCGCUUUUGUGUUGCAUAAAUAAUUGUAGAUUCAUCAAUGGUAUAUAAGUAGGUUCUCUUGGGGUUGUUUUGGUUUGUUUUUUUUUAGUACACCAUUAUUAGUCUACCCCAUUAAUUUGUUUACAGGCAUUUGGGUAUUUCUAGUUUUUGUGUAUGGAAAAUAAAGUUGGUAUAAACAUUUGUGUGUAAUUAUUUAUAUGGAUAUGUGUUUCACUUAUUUUUUGUCCAGUAACUCAGACUGACAAAUGUUUAACUUAAAGAAUUUAGCAUAUUGUAAUAUAAAUGGUUCUAUCUUUUUGUACUCUUCUGCAGUGUAUGAGAGUUCCAUUUCCUUCACAUCCUAAUGAAUUGUUUGGCUUGGUCAGUCAUUCUUAAUUUUAACCCCUUUUAUAAGUUUAUAGUGGAGUAUUAGUGUUUUAACUGCAUUUCCCUAAGGAGUCAUGAUGAGCAGUUUUUUCAGAGGUGUAUUUGCUAUCUUUAUUUUUGCUAAACUGCUCAUAUAUUCUGCCUAUUUUAUGAAUUGUGGUUAUUUUCCUCUUACAAAACGAUGUGAAACAACAAAUGUAUUGGAAUUUCAUUUUGUGACUUUUGCUUUGCGGGAUAAUUAUUUUUAAUAUUGGAAGUAUAUGUUCUCAUUGUUUUUGUUUUUUUAUGCUAUGCAUAAUGGACACACAUAAACACUUUU